AUGCGUUCCUUCAUUCUCUCCAUCUCUACCUUCGUUGCAGCUCUGUCUUUGGUGUUCGCCACUGAAGAUGCAUGUGCUCAGAUGUGUUCCUAUGUAGAAGGCUGUGCUAAGUCGAAGUACGAUUCCUACUGCAAGACCUGGCAGUCUCCUUCUGUCUGCUUCGGUCUGAUCAAGAAAUCCGAUGGUUCGAUUUGCUUCGAGCCCACUGAUGCUGAUUGUGUUGGAGAGUCUAUCGCCUGUGGUGAGCAGCCCACUGCCGUCCCUGGCACAUCAACCAUGGAGAGUACCACAGGAGUAUCUGUCACUACCACUGCUAGCGUCGAGUCUUCUGUUGCCUCUACUUCACCAGCCGAUGAGACUUCCCCCGCUCUCGAGACCCCUCAGUCUGAGUAA